CCAAAAUGCUUUCACAAAUACACACACGCACACAGACACAAACAGCUUAGGGCUGCUCCUGGUGCUCAGCUGAUAAACUUUUUCACAUGCAUUCGAUUCUUUAUCUGUACUCCAGCUGCUAUUUUUCUGCAUCUAUGCUUCUGUAGGCUGUAGGUGCUGUGUACAUAUCAUAUCCAACAGUGUAUGUGGGGGAGAGAAUAAGAGAACAAGACAAAAAAGAAAAGGGGAGGGUGAAACAUAUACAUGUGUGCAUCUAAGAAGCAACUAAUCUCAGAAGCAUUAACUUUGUUGUUAGCUGUCAUUCUUCAGCACAUAGCCACACACAGACACACGUAUGGCUGGCUUGCUGUGGGAAGGGCUUACAGAGCACAAACUGUACACAAAACAUACUUAAAGCUAACACACAUUUAACUUAAUGCACACUUUAGGGAAAGUGCUGUCUUUUCUUGUACUUUUGCAGAACAGGCCAAGCAGGAGCAGGUGGGUGGGCUUUAGGAUCCUCAUACCUCCUCCCCUUCAUUCCCCAUAACCAAUCAGGACCUCAGCCACUACAGCUGACCCCCCCUAUUCCCUACCCAAUCAGUUCACUGCAUCUGCUUCCCCCCCUUCUCUCUCUUUUUCUUUUCCCCUGUAUGCCUUCACUGCUGAGUGAGCAAAGCAUGCCUCACUCUAUCAGCUGAGAGGAAAGCAACAGCAAGAAAACACACAUCGAGACAGAGGGGUAAGACAGCGAUAUAGUAAUAACAGGAGAGGCAAAAGGAAAGACAGAAAGGAGGAAGGAAGCAAAGAGAGACGAGAAGGCAGCCUGACCCAGUGGAAGACAGCAGUGUCACCUAUCCAGCCACCAGACGAAAUAGAGGAAGGAAGGAGAGUCAGAGUGAGACGGAGAGAUAAAGCUCAUCUUUCUGACAGGGGAUUCUGAGUGGAAUGAUCCAAUCAUGAUGCCACAACCAUGUCCCAUCUCAUGCCCAGGUGACCAUAGAGGGAGUACCUGGCCAUCAGCCAAUCUUAGGGGCAGUGCCAACAGAAUUAUUACCAACUUGGAUUCAGAGGUGUUUCCUCUCAAGAGUCUCCUGCAAAACUGACACUCUGCCCUUGCUGGGUUGAGCUUUCUGCCCACCUCCUUUGGUUCUGCUCCUUCUGGAGCCCUUCCUGUUUCCUUAUUACCUGGGUUGGGAUGUUUUGUGGCAGCUGCCAUGGAGAUGGAUGAGUUCCUUUAGUCGGCUGAUUAGACACAGCUUUCAGAUGUUGCACCAGAGACGGCUUAUAUUAGACCAGGACGUGCAAAAAGGUGGUGUGUGGUUCAGUUUGUUGGUUCACAAGCUUUGGUGACAUCACAACAGGAUCUAUAGGACGUCCUCUUCCUGUGAAACAACUUGAUCUGCCUGAUGGUAUUUGUGAGGACCUACUUGACAAAAGUACAUUAAGACUCAAAUCCUGCAGAAUAACCAUGCGGCACAUUCACGUGGAGUUAGCCCACAAAAAGCCUCCACUAGAGCUUCCAGCACAGGAGGGGGAUCUGCCUCCUUCUGCUCCCCCAUCACAGGGCCUAGAUCCUGCAGUCAGAGCAGGGACACCAAGGCACUUUGGCCAAGAGGAGUUGCGACUCCAAAAGGUUUACCAGCUCUCCAUUUUCUCCCAGAUGGGGGGAUUUUCUACCUCCACAGGUUCACACACUGAUGCCCAACAGAGGCCGGUCCGUUUAGGUGUGAAAAGGGGGUUAGAAGAGCCUCAGUUGACUCACAAGCGCUCCCACAUUGAGGACUCCUCAGACAGCGAUGUGCUGGAGGGAGGGGUAUUGUGUGGGCCAGCCCAAGCUCAAGGAGUUGGGUUGGGAUCAGCAGCUGGGCCAUGUGAGCCUGGUUCCCCAUAUUCUUGCAUGCAAUUGGAGCACAGAGACUGUGAGGGUGGACUGUCACCCAGGUCUCCACCCCUCUCCCCAAGCCACAAUCCCUCCCGACGCCCAGCACAGCACAAUCACGAUAGGCCCAUUCCUGAUGCAUUUGCUCCUCUCUCACCUAAAUCCUCUCCGAUGUGUGACCCACAUGGGCAUAUCUGUGACCAGAGUCAUGCCCUCGGAAGUUUAGCCAGAACAGAAACAGCUAGUGGGGGCCGCACACCAACCCACUCACUCGGUAGCCCUGGACAUGAAGGCUAUAGUAAUGGCUCAUCUGGAGGCCAACCUAGCCCCCACUUAUGUGAGUUGUCAACAUAUGAAAGUCCUAAUCCUGCCAGUCCAACUAGUCCGCCAGGUCCUUUCUCCCCCCCACACCAUACAGAGCUGCAGGAACCAGGGGAGGCCACCGAAUGGGACAUUGGGCUUGAAUCUUCUCCACCUGUGCGAAGUGCUACCCAGGCUGCCACCUCUUCUAAUGGCCUGGCGUCCUGGGAGAAAACUCCCACCAGUAAUGGGCACCGUAUAUUCUCUGGAGGCCACUGGCCAGCCAAAAAGAGGCUGUUGUCUCCGAGUGAUGCAGGGGAGUCGUGCUCAGAGGAUGAAGGACCUUCUACAUCUAAGAGAAGCAGGCUAUCGUUGCUGACUUCAGGACUUGGUCCAGCUUCAUGUCGUAGCACUGAUGCUAAAGCUGCCCCAUAUUGGAACCACCUGCUGCCUACAUCUCGGGACAGGCCUAAGACUGCCACAGACUGCACAAGAACAGGGAGACGACUAAAGAAUGGGCUGCGGUUGAAAAGUCGGCAGCUGCGCAGCAGCAGGCAGACCGACACCGGCCGCUCCACGCGUUCCAGCUGGCCCUCGUCUUCUAUCAGCAGAUCACUGCUUGGCAACUUUGAGGAGUCCAUACUGAAGGGCCGAUUCUCCCCGUCAGGACAGAUUGAAGGUUUCACGGCAGAGAUCGGUGCCAGCGGCUCCUACUGCCCACAGCACGCCACCCUGCCGGUGCAGGUUACAUACUACGACAUCUCAGAGCACAGCGCACCUUCACCCUUUUUGGGGGUGAUAUCCCUCGAGCCUCUUGGAAAGAAAGGAUACAGCAUACCCAAAGCAGGGACCAUUCAAGUGACCUUAUUUAAUCCCAAUAAAACUGUGGUGAAGAUGUUCCUGGUGACUUACAACUUUGGCGAUAUGCCUAUCAAUCACAUGACCUUCCUACGCCACCGCAUCUUCCUGGUGCCAGUAGAGGAGAGCACUGAGGGAAAAGGCGAGGCAUCUCCUGGGGCUGGAGCACUAGAUAGGAAGAAGAUUCUUUGCUACCUGAUACAUCUCAGAUUCCAGAGCUCCAAAUCUGGGAAAAUCUACUUGCACAACGAUAUCCGGCUGCUAUUCUCCCGAAAGUCCAUUGAGGUGGACACAGGGAUCCCAUAUGAGCUGAAAUCUUUCACCGAGGUGCCAAGAAACCCUAAAUACUCCCCCCGUGUGUGACCCCAGCCUGACCUUUCAAAGCUUCCCAAUGCCAACGCAGCCCCCCCUUUCUGUGCUUUCUGAAGAGGAGGGAAGGAGGGAGGGAAACAAACAGACUGCAAGAAUGAUGGACACGAAACUUGAUAAGACUUGAUGAGACACACCACAAGCACACAAUACACAUACAGUGUUGGUCACUGAAAAAGUCCCCCUUUUUUAUGCAUUAACUCUCCAUAAGAGAUUAAAAUACAAAUUAAAAAUGUGUAUCUUAAACCCAGACAAACAUCAAAGGUUUUUCUGUCAUCUGUUAACUUAAAAAUAUCUAAAACAUAGUAAAUUUAGAAUUGAGGCUGUCCAGCGUGCACUCAAUCAAAAGCAGGACUUUUUCAAAGCCUUCAUCUGUACAAGGAAGAAAUACACAAAGUGUAAAGAAAUAAACAAAUGCCAACACACAUCAAAACAGACUGACAAAACUCAUGCACAUCACAUUCUGCAAGUGUCGGAGCAGGGACACUGUUGAUGGUGACUCUAAGUUCAGUGUUAACGUGCAUGCCUUGUGACUUAAAACACCUGAAUUUUCCUCUAGUGCCGUAUCACACUGUCCUUCACUCUGCCUGCAGCGUCAACUGCCACAUCGGACCAAAUAUUGCAGCUCUGCAAUUUUGGAUUUCGCUAAGAAAAACAAAAAACAAAUGUACAACACACCUCUGACUGAGGGAUGUGAGGCACUUGUACAACUCUCUAAUGUGUGAUGAUGAGCAGAGAUAAACACUAGUGAAAAUGCUCGUAACAAAGUCAGCCAACUUAACUUGGAUGCGUUAACGUGAAUAAAAGCCACACUGAUAAUUUGACCAAACUCAGGAUAUCUGAUGAAAAUUUGCUAAAUACGAUUUUACCUGUCAUGGUACAGACCACUGUGUACACGCCAUAAAAAACACGGUAAUCCAUUUUAUUCAUUUUAUGUAGCCAGAAUGAGGGACACUGUGCUGUUUUCUUUUUUUCUUUUAGAUUCUGUUCAGAGCAGUCUGACGUUGGAGCAGAAAUAUUGGGGGGGGGAAAAAAAAAAAGUUGAGCUGUAGUAUUUUUUAAUUUAUGUUUU